AUGCCUGAAUUGCCACCGAAUGCAAAGUUGCCAUUUGAGCUUGCCAAUAACAACGAUGUUGGGGAUAAAAGAUUAACAAUAUCUCAAGUCAAAACUGAUUAUUCUGAACGUCCACUAUCUUUAACAAAAAAAUCAUCAAAACAAAUAAUUCCAGAAGAAAUUGGCAAUGAAGAAAUAACAGAAAAUGAAGGAAAUUUAAAUAGAAUUUUAAAUAUUCGUUCAAUUCGAGAUCCAAUAGGGGCAAGGAAUUGUUUUUUUACACCUAUUCAAUGUAUGAUUCAUCAUGAUAUGAGCAAAUACAGAAAAUUAGUUGAUUCGGAUAUUCGAUUACAAAGAAGUGGAUAAAGUUAAAAAGAAACAAAUUUUAAAAGUUAAGAAAGAUCUCUCUCUCAUUAUUAAAAAGAUUGUUUUUAAUAUAAAAAGUAAAAAUAUACUAUAU